AUGCGGCUCAUCAUCGGCUUGCUGCUCGUCGUCGUGCAGACCCUCGCCCUCACCGUCAUCGAGGAGUACGGGAAAUGCAAAGAUGACCAAGGUUUUGGAAAUGCCACGCUUGUUUGCGACCUGGGAAAUCGCCUCUCCGAACGAACCACGGCCAAGCUCACCUAUCUGCUCAACGACUUGAGGGACAACAUCCCGUGCAAAUGCGAGACGGGCUGCGAUCGAGUUGAUGGGCGGGAUGGGUAUUUGGGUCUUAUUAUGGUGACCGAGUCGAAAAAUUCGAAAAGCCUAGCCCAGGACGCGAAGCAGAUCUACGAAGACGCGGGCAUGAAUUUGAACGGAUGCGACCACGGAUUGUUGCUGAUUUAUCUAAAAGAUUCGCAGCAGGUCGGCUUUUCUAUCCUCCCCUUAAUUAUUCCCUUCUACCCUCUUCUU